UGGGCGGUGCUUGGCAGGCGGUGCCAUGCGGGGAGGCGGUGCGGCAUGGAGGCAUGGCGGAGGGCGCUGCGCUGCGGGCCGUGCGGGGCUGCCUGGCCGCCUUCCCGCGGGAGGCCCGCGAGCUGGGGUGGAUGGAGUGUGUGCCCUAUCUUGAUAGGCCUCCGUCCCCGCUGGAGUUCUACCGAGAGUGGGUGAGCCCAAAUAAACCCUGCAUCAUCCGGAAUGCCAUUGGCCACUGGCCAGCGCUGCGCAAAUGGACCUUGGAGUAUCUCAGGGAGGUAAUGGGCCACAAAGUAGUGAGCGUGGCAGUAACACCAAAUGGUUACGCAGAUGCAGUGUUCCACGACCGUUUUGUCAUGCCAGAGGAGCGCCAAAUGCCCUUCAUGGACUUUUUGGACAUUGUGGAGAAGAAAGUGACCUCUCCCAAUGUAUUCUAUGUGCAGAAGCAGUGUUCAAACCUCACUGAGGAGUUCCCUGAGCUGAUGUGCGAUGUGCAGCCUGAUAUACCAUGGAUGAGUGAGGCUCUUGGGAAGAAGCCUGAUGCUGUGAAUUUCUGGCUUGGGGAAUCAACUGCUGUGACAUCUUUACAUAAAGAUCAUUAUGAGAACUUGUACUGUGUGAUAUCCGGAGAGAAACAGUUUCUACUGCAUCCACCGAGUGACCGUCCCUUCAUUCCAUACGAGCUCUAUCAGGCAGCAACUUACAAAGUGUCAGAAGAUGGCUCAUUUGAAAUCGUGGAUGAAAAGACUGCAGAUAAGGUCCCCUGGAUCCCUCUGGACCCUUUGAACCCAAAUCUGGAACGAUAUCCAGAGUAUGCUCAGGCAAAACCUUUGCAGUGUACAGUGAAAGCUGGUGAGAUGUUAUACCUCCCAUCGCUCUGGUUCCACCAUGUUCAGCAAUCACAUGGCUGUAUAGCAGUGAAUUAUUGGUAUGACAUGGAAUAUGACCUGAAGUACAGCUAUUAUCAACUGCUAGAUGGUCUUACAAAAGCUGUGACAGUGUUAUGACAGAGGUGGGACACUGGAACUUGCAGUCUUUCUCUCUCGUGUGAUGCAGUCAUCAGCGUCCGUAACUGGAGUUGGAGCACGAUACAAGUGAAAAGAGCUGAGCACUGAAUUAUCCUCAGCAACAUCUGUUGGACAAGUCAUGGCUAUUUUGCUUGAUUUCAGAGUCUCAGGUCAAUUGACCAGGUGUUCUGGCUUGUAAGUAGAAGAAUUGGCAUCAGAAUUUUUAGAUCUGUGCAUAUUGCGUUGGUGAUGGUGAGCAAAAUAAAAUAUUAAGGGAAAGAAUCUGGAUUUUGGAAAUCCCUAAAUAGAAACCACGGCAUUCAUUCACAUCUACAGGUUGUUUUCCUAACAAGCCAAACAAAUGAGGAAGGAUCUGCUCUGCUACCCCUGUGUGCAUCAGGCUGCACCGGUCCAGCACAUCUGUUCAGCUUAAGUCUAAAGGCCUGUCUGGUUGUGUUUCAUUAAGUUCAGUGGCUGUGAUGUUUUGAUGUUGAGAAAUCACAACUUCUGCAAUAAAAGGACCCGGACCAUUCCCUGGUCUUAUCGAUUUGUAUGGAUCUGGAGGAGGACUUGUUGAAUACAGAGCAAGUCUUCUGGCU